CACAUGGUGUCAAUCAGCAGUCACCUGUAAAGGGCUGUAGCAGAUUCCUCCCCUCACUCAGUACAGGAAGGGAGUGGUUAUGCCUCAGGGGGUGUCAUUGACUCACAGUGUCUCCUAGGGCUACUUCUGGGUAGUGCAGUUGGCACAUCACCCCUUGCACAGGGCAGUGCCUAAAGCCAUAAUGUGACCCUUAGUUAUCGAAGGCACCUGGCAAGCUUUUAAGAGCCACCCCUAUAUUGCUUAUUGCACACAUCUCUGCUUUAUUUUUGUUUGAAGACCCACAUCUGUUUUAUUAGAAAACAAACUGGUUCCACUUGCAAACUCUUGUAGCUCACGAAAGCUUACGCUCAAAUAAAUUUCUUAGUUUCUAAGGUGCCACAAGUACUCCUUUUCUUUUUGUCUCAUUUUGUGAAACGUUUCUUUCUUUUUUUUUUUUUUAAACAACCCACUCGGAGUCACCCAGCAGCGUGAAGUGUGAAAGACAGGUAGCCUAUGGCUAAUGUUCCUUUGUCAUUCCAGCUCUCCCUUGCAGAGGAGCCAAUGAGGAGUAAGCGUGCGGAUUAUUCCUCUAGACCGAGUCUGAACUAACCCAUGUUGUUUGUGCAGCAUAUUGCAAUGUGCCUAACCCCUCCUUUACUACAUUGCACUGGCUGGAGUACCUGCUGGUCUCAAACGUCAUGAGGCUUCAGUUAUAAGUGCAGACAAUAGAUCAUUUCAUUGCUCAUUUUUAUAUAGGAGUGUAACGUCUUCAGAGAGAAAGAGGGUGAAAGGCACACAGACUGAAAGAUGUUCUAUUCAGGUAUCCUCACCGAGCCUAGUCGGAAGGAAGUGGAGAUGAGGGAAGCUGCAUCUCUCCGACAACAGAGGAGAAUGAAGCAGGCAGUGCAGUUUAUUCACAAGGAUUCAGCUGAUCUGUUACCUCUGGAUGGACUGAAGAAACUGGGGACUUCCAAAGACACUCAACCACAUAACAUUCUGCAAAGACGCUUAAUGGAGACAAAUUUAUCAAAAUUACGAAACAACCGAGGGACAUGGACUCCAAAGAAUGACAUCUCAGCACAGACUAAUAAGCUGAAUCAAACCAAGCCAGACAACCCAAAGAAAAAGGAGGAAGAAGACUUAAUAUUAGUGUGCUGUCAGUGUGCUGGAAAGGACUUGAAAGCUGUGAUUGACACCAGUUGUCAGUAUAAUCUCAUAUCGUCUGCAUGUGUGGAUAGGCUGGGGUUAAAGGAGCAUAUCAAAACAUGCAAGACUGAAGGAGAGAAGAUUUCGUUACCGCGCAAUAUGAAAGUGAUUGGCCAGAUAGAACAUUUAGCUGUUACAGUGGGAACUAUCCGCGUGGACUGUUCUGCAGUUGUCACAGCAGAAGACAAUGAGAAAAACUUUUCCCUUGGGCUCCAGACUUUGAAAUCUCUGAAGUGUGUCAUAAAUAUGGAAAAGCAUCACCUUGUACUGGGGAAGACAGAGAGAGAAGAAAUUCCAUUUGUUGAUAAUAACAUCUCCACAAAUGGAGAGGACUCUUCUGAGGAAUAAAGAUUGAAACACCCACAAAUGAGAAACCCUGACAUCGAAGAAAAACUGCACAGCUGCUCCAGAUGAAAUAGCAACGUGUAUCGUGGAUAACACCUAUGCUAGGCUACAGCUGUAAAGCUAAAUUCAAUCAUAUUCCGUAGCCAGUAACUUAGCAAUGUUGUCUUGUUUUUGAGAUAGAAACAUAUGCUUAUUUUCUAGACUCGAAUAUAGUGCACCACUGAUUAUGAAUGGUUUGACAAACCUGAUGAGUUUACUCUAACGAUGAGAAUAGUACUUUUUAUAGCAAACACAAUUAUUUCAUAUGAGGCUAUCUGUGAUUAGAAGCUACCAGAAUUAGAUUUUUACUAAU